AUGGAAAGAUCUGAUAGAGACAACAACUCUCGAGGAAAUAAUUCAAGACCUCACAACAAUGCAUCAGCUGUUACCUCUAAUUCAACUGAAAUUGUGAACGAAGAAGUGUAUGAAGAGGUUGUCGAAGAGACUAGUAUUGAGGAGCUUGCGGUUGUAGCUGAGGUUUUUGGGGAAGAGUUGGAUUCGGGGAAUGUUGCUGAGAAUGAAGAUUCCUCGAUUGAAGAGACCGUUGAAAAGUCUAACAAGACAGAAGAUGGACAACAGGGAGAACGUCUGGAUCGUUCAUCACAAGAUGGAAGAUUUGAAGAAGCUGUGUGCAUCUGUUUCGUUCAUCUCAAGAUGGAAGAUUUGAAGAAGCUUCGUCGCCUACCUCUAAAAUACCUUGAAGAAGAUCGUGUGCUAGCUGAUCAGUUCAUCAAGUGUGCCAGUGUUCUUGUUGGAACAAGAAUGGGAGGUCUAACACUAUUUUCCGAUGGAGUUCAGUCUCUAAUAGAAAAAGGUUACAGAAAAAUCACACCUUUCUUUAUCGCAUACGCAAUAACAAACAUGGCGUCUGCACUAUUAGCUAUUGAUUUGGGCUUUAUGGGCCCCAACUACUCAAUUUCAACCGCUUGUGCUACCUCAAACUAUUGCCUUCAUGCUGCUGCAAAUCACAUCCGUAGAGGUGAAGUUGAUAUGAUGAUUGUUGGCGGUACGAAAGCUGCCAUUAUUCCAUCCUCCGCCAGUGGUUCGUUUUCCCGCAGACAAGAACGAGAACAAAAUAGAGAAAGAAAAGGGGUUGGGUGUUAUAGCGGUUGGGAUUUGGGGGUGAUGGUGUGGAGGUGUGAAGGUGGUGAUGGUGGUUUGGUUGUGUAG